CCGUGCACUCGGAGGUGGCGGCGCCGUGAGAGCACGGGGGCGCGUUCGUGCGCGCGCGGCGGCACGAGAUCUGCCGUUCGCGACCAGUGCGCCCCGAAAAAGAACUGUCGCCCUCAGGCCGUCAUGCCCAUCCUUUACACGGACGGCAGCAACAGCGCCGACGCCGGAGCCGCCACCUCCUCCGCCGCAUCGACGUCGCAGCAGCGCGAUGACCGGUCGGACAAGAAGCGCCGCAAGAAGAGCGCCAUCGGCCGCUUCGGCCGGGCGGUGGUCAAGUCCUUCAAGAGCAGCGACAAGAACUGCUCGCGCCACAAGGAUGUCGAGAUUGCCAACGAGAAACUCCGGCAGAUCAACCGCGGCCCCGCUUGUUACUGUACAGCCGACCAGCUCCGGAAAUCAACAAGGAGUACCAACGCCUACACGAAACGAUCCGCACCGACACUCGGCGAGCAGAAUCACCACGAUCUCGCAGGCAGACUGGGAGAUGGGAUGAAAACCAGUUCAGAGACCUCCAAGGACGUUCUGAGGUACCACGACGUGUCACCAGUGGCUACAAGGCACCCGCACGGCAUCAGUAUGGUGGCUGGCGUUAGAACGCGAGCGUAUUCCGAAGCCAAGAGCCUACAGGAGGACACAGGCAGUCUCAGUAUGCACAUGCAGCACAGCGAGACAACCACACGCGUCAACGUGGCCGUGCUUCGGCAAGAAGUGGAAGAGUCGUUCGCGGUCAUAGAAGCCGAAAGCCCGGUCCCGUCAUCUUCAAUGUCCACGGCUAACCUCAGCGUUUCUGCAGAAGACCUGGCAUCGCUGAACACUCAGCAGCUGCCACCAUCGACCGGGCCCGCUGUGCUGGAGUGCGGCCAGAUGCAAGAGAUCAAGCUCCACAAAUCGGCGGGCGGGGACGACUGCAGUCAUCAGCGGUCGGUCAGCAAGAACACCACGUUGUCUGACCUCAGGACAGCAAGCGUGGCAGCGGCCGCCAGUGCGGAGUUCUGCGCCCAGGUGGCCCGACAGUUGAAGGACGUCUCGGUGCAGACCGACAUGACGCUGAUGCCCGAGGUGCCACCCGAGCAGCAGCACAAGAACUCGCGCCUCUGGGAGGCGCUGCGGAACUUCUUCAGCGCGCUCCGAGACUUCUUCCUCUGUGCCGCACUCGCCCACAAGGAAGCCGCCGCAUCCGACUGACGCCGCCACCCUCAUCACCUCUGUGUUGACGUUUGCGUGCCCGUACACCGAGGCAAAAAAAAAAAAAAAAAAAGAGACCCCUCCGCCUGUUGUGCGUGCCAGUUUCCGCGUGGUUUUCGCCAGACUCUCUUGGCUUUUCCUCCAGCCACGGUUAGAUCAAGAGCACGGCCAGUGGCGCGUCCUGUUGAAAGCUGUCGCCGAAGAAAAAAAAAAAAGUGUCGAAGUUGAACGAAACGAAGGUUAAGGCGAAAAAAAAAAAGUUGCAACGGUGGGACGAUCACGGCGAAAUUCGCCCCACCCUUUCUUGUCCUUCACCCUGAGCUCCCCCCCCGCGUCGUAUGCGCUCUGUUGCAGUUCGUGUACUUGUAAAAUAAA